CACCAGUUGCCACAGCAUCCGGACCCAACUUCUCUCUGGCCGACCUUGACAGUCCUGGAUACUACAACAUCAACCUGGGUCGCCGCUCCAUUACGUCCACGCCAUCCACCAGGACUGAGAUGGAGUUGUAUGCCAGUCUCCCGCGGAGCUCCAACAAGCGUAAAUCCAUUGAUGACAGUGAGAUGGAGAGCCCGGUGGACGAUGUCUUCUAUUCGGGACGUUCUCCUGCCCCAGGAGCGUCCCAGCCCAGCGGCUGGCCCAAUGAUGUUGAUGCAGUGCAACACCAUUUGGCCAGUAUGCAGGAGAGGAAGAUAAAACACGAAUCCGACGGCGUGCAGUUUCCUUACCAUGGACUCUCUUCGCCUGGUUCUCUUAAGAAGUCGGGGAAAUUCGAUUUCAGCGCUCUGUCCGGCCAUACGAGGUCUGCACGCAUGCCGUUCACCCAUCACCCGCUGCCCAUGCUGGCAGGUGUAAGACCAGCAGGAAGUCCCCGUGCCUCAGCUUCUUCCCUGCACUUCCCCUCGCCAUCCAUCAUCCAGCAGUCCAGCCCGUAUUUCACCCAUCCCACCAUCCGAUACCACCACCACCCGGGACAGGACCCGCUCAAGGAGUUUGUGCAGUUUGUGUGCGCCGACGGAUCAGGACAGGCUAGCGGUCAGCCGAACGGGAGCGGCCAGAGCAAAAUGCCGGGCUCCUUCUUGCUGCCUCCACCCCCCCCUGUGGCGCGUCCAGUGCCCCUCCCAAUGCCAGACUCUAAACCCAGCAGCACGCCCCCCGAUGGCGGACUCACCUCACCCACAUCUCCGUCAUACUCCACGCCAGGCUCCACAGCUCCCAACAGGUUUGUCAGCAUCGGAUCACGGGACAACAACUUUCUGAACAUACCCCAGCAGACGCAGUCAUGGUUCCUUUGAUGAGGUCCUGCCUGCAACCUGUCGACACAAUUUGGAAGUUUUAUGAAAAAAAAAAAUCCUGUUUGCAAAUCCCCUCCGACCUGAAAUGCACCCUAAGAAACGUGAGCAGAAUAUGAUUGGGAAACGUUCGACCCUGUAUUUGCCAACCGUCAGACGUCCUUCAAGCCCGCUCCUCCGCCUCCGUUACAGACGUUCAGAUCACAGCAGGAGGUGACGGACUGACACACACCUACAGCAUCUCGCAACAACCGUCAGAAAAACAACGGCAACGUCGAGGAAGAACCUGAUGAACUGAGACAGAAACAAGGAUGUAGUGUAAAAUGGCUGGGAUUAUCAACAGUUUCAGUGGUGAGGAUUCAGACACAACUAAAUCGAAGAUCUUUACUAAUUAAA